GUCUCGUGCCUUAAGUAUUGAAAAACAAAAAACCCCGACACAGCCCCAGCCCGUGCUGGGGCUAUCCAACCUCCCACUGCUGCAAAGCUGCUGCCCAGAAACCCCGACAAGGAACAGGGAAUAUUGCCCAGGGAAAGGAAAAAUCCUCUCUUGGAAGGGUGGGAUCAGCUCUCCGAGGCCAGCGAGGCUGCGGGCAGGGAGAGGAGGCCGAGCACAGCCGGGAUGUCACUUGAGGACGCAGGCUGAGAGGGGCAGACACCAGGGACAUUCAGACAGUAUUUACUGCACAAUUAAAGAGCCUGUCCUAAAAACUAUUUCAGUAUCCCUAAAUGCACAUUCAGUGCUACACUUGCUUAGAUAAACGUGGGGGUUCACUUUGAAAUUAAAAAAAAAAAAGAAAAACAUCAGCUCACUGCUGGAAAUAACAAGAAGAGCGUCCUUAGUGCUGUCUCUUAAGGAUUUCUUAAAGACGGUUGGCAGAAGGGAGGGAACACCUCGCUUUGCCUAAAUUCCUUUUCCCCCUUUGCUAAAUAAAAGUCUUCUGAAAGCCACAACGGGUCCUGUAACUUUAAACCUGAGCUGAGAUCAUAAUUUUGGUCCUGACCAAACAGCGUGGGGAGGGCGGGCCUGGCUGCUCAUUGAGGACCACUUUAGGCUGCUCCCAUCCCUUGGCUAAAGAAAAUAAUUCUGACUCCACUCAGUUUUCUUUAACUGCUCGGUUAUCAUCUGAGAAAACCUCCCCUCUUUACGCUGCAGCAGCUAAAGGAAUAUUUGGAAUACCAUUAUAUAUAUUUUUUUUUUGCGGUGAUUUCUUUUUAUCACCUUAAUUCUCUACUGCCUCUUAAAAAAAAAAUUAAAAAUUGAAUUUGGAUCCAUCCGGUUUCAGGAUUGGAAAGCAACUCUCAAAGCAGAUCAAAUAUGUUUAUAAAAGUUCCACUCUUCAUCUUCCUCCUCGGGAGCGUGCCUUUUGUAGCACUUACUCAAGAAGCAAGCUCAGUUCUAGAAGGAGAAGAAAGUGCAACAAUUGAUUUCAGAGACAGAAAUGACACAGAAUUUGAAGAAUUACCAACAAUAUUUGGAGACCUGAAGACCACAGAAAGUACCUUUGUCCUGGAUGGAGAAAGUGAAAAUGCUACUGCUUAUGAAGUUAACACACAAAGUGUUGAUGGUGAACGGAGUGGGGAGCCAGAGGAAACUGAUGAAGGUGGCCUGGGAACAAUUGCACUGGUUGGAAUAAUUAUUGGAAUCAUCAUUGCAGUUGGAAUCCUUGCAGGAAUAAUAAUUGCAGUUGUAAGGAAGAUGUCAGGCAGGUACUCGUAA